AUGGCUGCGACUGGACUGGGGGAGGUCGCAUCUUCUUCUAGAACACCGGCGCAAACACUUGAGCUUGCUGCUUGCUCAUCGAACACAGACGACGAAGAGGACGAGGCUAAGCGUGACUACAGGGCGGAAGAUGGGAGAGACAGUGAAGCUGAUUGCGGGUUCAGUUGCUCUACUGUAAACGCGAUACCUGGCGGCAGUAAAUCCCGCGGGAACUAUGGCACAGAAGAGGAAGUGCUUUUUACGGUGAAGAAGCAAGAGCUUGCGAAACAAAAGCUGGAUGCAAGUGUCCCGACCCAGUCGGUCAGUUUGGACGCCUCAGCUACUGAGUUUUACAAGGUUGAUGGAAAGCGUUACACUGCCAUUCGAGACACCGUCAUCGUGACAAAGUUAUCAAGUGGCGUUCCUGAAGAGACGCGAGAAUUCUCUGAGCAUUUGCGUGAAGACAAAAGCGACUUGACAGCUGCAGCGGCCACUUCAGCUACUGUGAUCGACUGUACGACUAUGUUGACGUGGGAAUCUGCAGCAACUCAGUCUACGAGUAAUGUAGACGAGAGUACCAGCAGCUGCGUAUCGUCGGACGGCGGCCAAACGUAUAGCCGCGAGGAGGAUAUAGAGUUGAAGGAGUUUGUGCAACGUCCAAGAGGCAGUAUCGCUCCUUGUCAUCAAUACGAAGAAAUGAAUGAUGAUGCGAACGGAGAUCAGACGUUUGCGACGGAAGCUGGAUCGGUUCAGAAUAACGAUGUACGCCUGCGAACAGGGGAGCCCGUGGAGAGUGAGCUAGCAGGAACUCGAUCGGUCGAGGUUGCGUCGAAUGGUGGCAUGGAUCGUGAACCCGAGAACCUUGGAACUGGUGCACGGAAUGAUGGUCAAAAAGCGUCAGGGGGACCCCGAAUGGUACAGGCAGAUGUAGCGGUUCGUACAGAGCAUUCACUAGAGGAUGAGGCCAAAUCUAAGUGUUUGACGACCACUAAACCCGGGACUGCUGCAAAAAGGAAGCAGAGCUCCUUAUUGGAAAGUGAUUUAGCCAAGAGCAACGACGGUGGCGACGAUCGUUCACCUGACGAUAGUGCUGCACCUGCUCCUACCCAGACCCCGGAACGGUCAACGCGUACAGACACGAAGAAGAAGAAGAAGAAAUGGUCCUCUCUUCCCGGAGCUGCACAGUCACGAUGUCUGCGCCGGUCACCAAGGGUAAAGGUGGAGCCACUGAAGCUCACGUAUUCGAAUGAAAAGCAAGUUGCAGGCCCUGCCGUUCUCGCGCACUUUGACCGGCUGAAAGGGAGCAAUGCUUCAUCCCCAGCCACUCCUGGUAUAGUUUGUAAGUACUCUGGAACCCAAGUCACGAUAUCAAGAGGUGUCGCAGCAAGACAUCUUGAGAAGUGCCCAUCGUUUGGACGAAAUGCAUCGCAGCUGGAUGAAGCAGAUGAUGACGAAGACAAGGCACAAGCGUCGCCACCGGUACCUUCAUUAGUACAAGCCGUUAAGCUGGAGUCUGGUUCUGGUCAGCCAAGAUUGGCUUCUUCUCUCGUUCGUCUGAUGGGAACGAAGGCGUUGGCAGCAAAGCUGAAGCAAUCGUUCCAACGUGCUCCAUUUGCAGGAAAUGCACCGAUUUCUCGAUUUCAACAGUUGAUUGGAGACGACGUUACUGGGUUGCGGCACCUGAACGUGUUCAAAUUGUUGGACGCUAUAAACCACCUGGAUGGCCCUAUACUGCAACUGCAUGUAAAAUGGCCAGGCGUUCGGCGUACCACGGGACAGGACGAAGUAGGCCCCGUGUCAAAAGCAAAAGCUCGGUGUUUGGAAAGCUGCUCUCUUCGAUUUCCGACACCUCGCCGUGUGGCGGAUCACUUUAUUGCACCGUUGGCGAAAGAGUUGGGGCUCGAGUAUUCAAUGCGACAGCACACUGCCACUUUGACGAGCUGCCCUCUUGAGGGAGCUGUGCUGGACUGGCGAUUCCAUCGGACCGAGACUGUGGUGUUCCAACUUCGCGGUGAGUCGAUCUGGAGAACAAAAAUGAGCCAAGUGGAGCUCCCAUGCCAAUGCUUCCACCCACAAUCCUGGCUACAGGACGACAUGAUUCGUAUCUCCAAAGUACACCGCAUGGCUACGAUAGACAAGACCUCCGUAGGGUUUCUUUCAACGCCGGAUGAAGAUCGCAGUGUGCUUAACAAGGACGAACAAGUAGCUGCUAAGCAACGAGAGUUUGUACUCAAACCUGGCUCGGUCGCUUAUCUGCCAUCGGGUGCGUGGUUCAAGGUGGAGACAAAAGGACCGACUGCGUUGUGGAUUGAAGUUCAACUGUCUUCCACGACUUACGAAGAGUUGGCGCUUUCAGCACUUGAGCAAAUUGCUCUGGGGGAUAAGCGAUGGCGAACGGGAGUGCAAUUAUAUCCUGGCAAUCGGGCCCAGCUCAAGACGUCCCGACAUCGCAUGGAAGCAUGCAUCGAGUCCCUUUACAAUGACUUGACUAAGCUUGAGGGUGGGGAUUUGCUACCCGAGUAUAUGGGGACAGAAGACAUGCAAGAGCUGAUUGCGCAUGGGUUGAUUCACAAAACACGCACAUCUUCUACCUCGACGAGCAUUGAAGUGGAUUUGACAAACCCCAAGUUUAAGCUCAAGCAUGAAAAAGUGUUCAGAAAUGCCACUUACCGAGUAAACCCGGUCGCGGUUCUCAUGAGCGAUGCGGACAUUCCACACUUAACUGUUCACGAAGGAGUGGAGCGUGCAGCUACAGGAGGCCCUGCUUCCGAAAUGAAGCAUCGUGUAUUGAAAAGGACUCCAAAACCAAAGCAGGCUUUGCACACGCUCACGCAUCGUGAUAAAUGCACCUAUUUUCUGGACGAGCUAUUCGGCAAUGUUGAACGUCAGCCGCAACUGCAUGUCACCUUCCACUGUUCCGCAGAGCAGUCAAGAAUGGUGGAAUGGCUCCGUUGUCGAGAUUCGAAGCCUUUUGAUCUGAACGAGUUUGGUUGUUCUAGUGUGUUGACCUACCAGAGCGCAAGCCCAGCUCGACGUGUUGAGAAUGGACGAAAGCUGCUGCGAUUUUUGUGCUUCGUCGGAUAUAUAACGCAAGUGAAGUCGCCUUAG